UUAGUGGAUACCUCAGCGACUUCCCCUCCACGAUUGGCCGCUUUCACGACUUUUGGGCUGGGUAUCUGGCUGGGCGGGUGGUGACUGCUGCAACAAUCUCUCCACUCACGCCAGAGAGUCAGACCAAACUUUCUUAAUACACUAUCUUUUUUUGCCCACUUUCCCUAGCAGUUUAUCGUCCGGUUCAUUCAUCAUCGUCCCAUUCUGCGACGAAUCAUUCUAAUUCCUUCUUAUUACCACUUUUCCUUGUUGGACUUUGUUUUUUGGACGACACCGGCGACGACUUGAUCAUCUAAACCCACAUCACAUCACAUCCCACUUUGCAUCACCGCCAUAGUGCAAAUCCAGAUUGACGUCGUCUUCUUUUUCGUCCAGCGUCUAGUUCAGUGUACCUGUACCUGUAUCCGUACCCGUACCCGGUGGACGAUUAUGUAUCAUAUCCAAUUCGAACCCACAGCAAUGGCCGCCUGAGAUCCGGUUUCCCUACUCUUUACUCUUGUCCGUGAGGGCCAAGCGACGACAUGCUUCGACACUCACCCGGAAUGAUGACUACAAUACCUCCUAAGCCACCUAAAUACUCCCGCCAAUACUCCCGCCGCCAUGGAUACGCAACAACCACCACCGUCCCAAUCCCCUCACCCUCCUCACCUCAUUACCGAUCCCAAUAAUCCUGCUUUCCCCUCCGUUCCUUCUAGAACCGCCAGCAGCACUCCGAUUUCCUCCCCGGGUCUGUUCAGUCCUACGAUCCCUCGUCCUAAUGUCUUCCUGGCACAUUCCGCCUCCGAUGCCUCUACGCCGGCGGUCACCAUGGCCAGUCCCUACCUGCACCCAUUGCAGAAUCAUAGAGUUCGAGAGACGCACAAAGCCCUUGUUGACCUGGACCUUAUGACGGGACGAAAGAUCAUCAAUCAGUACGAAGUGAUUGAAGAACUAGGUCGUGGUGUUCAUGGCAAGGUCAAACUAGCUCGGAACCUAGAGACUGGCGAGAAUGUUGCGAUCAAGAUCAUACCCAGAUUCUCUAAGAAACGCCGUCUGGGUAAGGUCACCGCAUCCCCCCAAGACAAAACCAAAAGAGAGAUCGCUAUUCUGAAAAAGAUUCGCCACCCCAAUGUCGUCGCUCUGCUCGAAAUCAUCGACGACCCAGAGUUCAAGAAGAUCUAUAUGGUCUUGGAACAUGUAGAAUUGGGAGAGGUCAUCUGGAGGAAGAAGGGCUUGCCCUACAUCUGCAGCAUCGAGAGGAGGAGGAUUGAGAAAGAGAUGCGUGGAGAGCUAAGCACCGAUGAGGAAGAGCGUUACAUCCAGCUUCUCGAAAGGCGUCAGGCUCUUAAUGACGUGAAGAGGGCGAAGAUGCAGCAGAGUCAGAAGGGGCCAGACGACUUUUGGAGCAUCGAAUAUGGUGCCGCAAAUGACGACGACUCGGAGGGCCACUCGCGCUCUUUAGGAAGAAAUGGAAGUGGGUUCCUUCAAUCUGGCCGUGCAGUGUCAUCGGUUUCAAGGACUGGGUCGAGGGCUACGUCUCCAGCUCGUUCACACGCCCAAUCUGCUCCAUCAGGUUCCCGGGCCAGCACUCCCCUUCCAUCUGAAUAUGAUGUCUCCUCAGUUGGCGCGGACGCUGAGAGUGUCAUAGAGACUCCUGGGCCCCUGCGCUCCCAACCUGGAUCCUCCUCCGCUCUUGACAGGACAUUGACUAGUGCUUAUCCGGAGGAUGCCAUGUUUCGUGGUCGAUCGCCGAGUAUGGCCGACUCGAUCAUCUCCCAUAUGUCGUCGGUUGAUUGUAAUCCACAACCUCACGACCCCUUCGCCGACGACUUUUCCUACGUUCCUUGCUUCACCAUCGACGAUGCUCGUGCCACGUUCCGGGACACCGUGCUCGGCUUAGAGUACUUGCACUAUGAAGGCGUAGUCCAUCGUGACAUCAAGCCUGCUAAUCUCUUAUGGACUAGAGAUCACAGAGUGAAGAUCUCUGACUUCGGAGUCUCUUACUUUGGUCGGCCAAUUCGCGAAGGCGAACAGGAUGAGCUCGUAUCGGAGUCCGAAGCUCGUGAUUUUGACGACGACCUCGAGCUGGCCAAAACUGUCGGCACACCGGCUUUCUUUGCGCCAGAGUUAUGCUACACGGACCUAAGCGUCGAACAACCAAAGAUCUCGGAGCAAAUUGACGUCUGGUCUUUAGGAGUAACACUCUACUGUUUGAUAUUUGCUCGGAUUCCUUUUAUGGCUGAGGACGAAUGGCAGAUGUUUCAGAAGAUCGCUAAGGAAGAAGUGUAUAUACCACGCCGCCGACUAAGACCCGUCGACCCACAACAUUCGCCGCAAUCGACGUCAUUAUAUAAGCGUAUCAACAGCGAACCGUACCGAGACGACAGCGUCCUUGCUUACGAGGAAAUUGAUGACCUACUUUACGAUCUUCUGCGCCGCAUGCUGACUAAGAAUCCCGAGAAAAGAAUACGACUAAGAGAGGUGAAGCGUCACCCGUGGGUUCUUCAAGGGAUACCUAACAUCAUCGCAUGGAUUGACGAAACAGACCCAUCACGCCGUACUUCUGGCCGCAAGAUCGAGGUCGAUGAACGCGAGAUCACUCGUGCCGUCGUGCCUCUCACUUUCCUCGAGAGGGCUCGUUCAGUCGUGAAGAAAACGAUCGGAAAAGUAAUGCACCCACGUACCGAAAGGGCGGAAGUUCCGUCGAGAAGAAGAGCAGCUAGUAGCGCUGCUAGCUCCGCGGGAGAUACGCCCCCAAGUAUACCGCCACCGCAUGUACGAGACACACGCCGAAAAAGUUUACGGCCUGACGAUUAUUUUGCGACUGUCAGAGAGAGUGAUCAUCCCCUAUCACAAAGUGUUACUGCGAGUCCUCAGGAGUCGCCUGUCUAUGAUAGGCCAGAUUCCGCCCAACAACGUGGCUCGACCUUGGUAGGCGGAGAUUUUAGACGUAACGCGAGCUCCUCUGUUGGCGAUUUUAACACGCAAUCAGAUCUGGCAGGACCGCCGUCGGCAUCGGCAUCGUUAUCAUCGAUCAGGGGACAUUUAAGUUACCGUCAUGGUCGAACAAGAUCAAUCACCAACGCCAUACUUGCCCUUGCACCUCAGAAAGAAUGGCAGACAACCCCGAACACUCCCGCGCUCGAAACUUGUAUCAGAGAUGACCCGAUUGCUUCCUUGCGAAAGGCUAGAGAUGUAGAAUCCACGGACGACUCAUCGCGUUCGAGAUCUGUCGAUCGCGGAUUGUUCGGCAAUAGCGACAAACGCGCCGAGGCGAAAGUUGCUCUCAGCACAGCUGUAGCCCCAGGGAAUGUAGAACUUCCCAAACGCCCGCUCUCAGUCCAUCCUCCAGACACAACGUCUCAUACCCUCCAGGAUGCGGCAGCAGCCCUACCUUCUCCUAUGUUCUUCUCUCCUCGGGCAGUUCGCACUUAUCAGCAUCGCCAACCAAGUUCAGACCCGAAUAUGCACGAGACCCAUAUGGGUGCUGUCGAAAUUGAUCAGCGACCUAUGACAGCUCACCGGGCUAUACAGAUAGAAACUCGAACCCCGCCUCCAAGAGUGUACAAUUCGUCCACGCCCGAAUCAUUUGCACGAGCGCAUGAACAGAUGGCCCGCCGGCGACAGCGGGAAGAUGAGGAACAAGCGAAACGUGAAAAGCUACUCGCAUCUCAUCGCAGGGGCAGCAGUUCUACCUAUAUGUCUUGCCCUCCUUCGCCCGAUGAUGAACUUUCCUUAGAUCAUCCCCCAUCUCUGUCCAGGGGUGAUCCGGGCACCGCUGCCACGUCGGCUUCGGCAUCCACAGGGACCAUCAUGACUCCGCUGACUAGCCCAAGUGAAUCAGCGAGUCCUAUUAGCCUUGGAGAUAUGACAGAACACGGCGAGGAUUCACAGAUCUUUCGCUCAGAUCCGUCGCUGCCGGCGUUACUCAGCGGUGCUAGUUCGAUUUCUGCUGAUGCCGAGGGAGAAUUUCUUCUUAAGCCAGGCUCUCUUGACCGGCCUUCCCUUAUCGACACAACUGAUUCUUUGACCCCACCGGCUCUCCACAAAGAACCCAUCUCCGGGUUCCCCCUGGAAGAGGAUGAGCAUUAUCAAACAUUAUUACUACCUCAGCCGCAACGCGCUUUAGCCACAUCGUCUUUUUUGACCACGAGAGCUAUCGAUGACGACGAUGGAAGCGACAGCGAUGAAGGCCUCGUUAUGAAACCUAAAAAGCGGAAUCCGGUCAAGGACAAUGCUAGCUCGCCGCUAGGCAGGACAAUGUCUGCGAGAAGGCGAGACACCCAAACCAGCAUCGGUAGCACUGAGACGGCCAAGAAAGUAGUCAUGCAAAGCCAAUAGGUGGCUUUAUUGAUUGCUUUAGUCAUGAUCUCUCCAUUCCACUGCCACAGGACCCUUAUUAUCAUUAACUUCCUCCCGCACAUAUUGCGGAAUCCAUAAAACUGGGACAACCAGUUAAACACAGAAUAGCAUACCUUAAGGGCUUAUCUGUGGCCCCUUCGGCUCUACCACUACAUAUCGUACAAGGAAGCCGCAACCACUUAGCUUCUGGCCCGGCCUGAAGAAUAUUCACCUACCCAUCCAUACGGCUUAUGAUCGAAGCCUCGGCUUAGAUAUAAAGCUUUGAAGGUCGUCAAAUCGAUACCCAUUACCUUAUUAACGACCGAACUAUUUACCUUGACGGAUUAAUCACCUCUCUUGUUCGGGAGAAAGUGUAUAACAUGAAAAAUUGCUUAAUUUGGGACGACGGAGUCUAGCGGCGAUACGAAUGGGAUUGAGCACGAUGAGACGAUGAUGGGACGAGACACGAACAUGUCAGCGAUGUUAAGUUUCUUGUCCAUCCACACAAACACGGACACUUGUCGUUAGAUGUGGACUUACCAUCCGACAAAAUUGAAGAGAUGAAUACCACAUAUUCCGAUGUGCGGGUUCUACCAUCAUGAAGGAAGCUCUUGAUUCUGCUCCCUUGGCGUGCUCUGCACCCAUUAUUGCUUCGCCCUCUAGCUACUAGACACGGAGAGGAAUCUUUGGUGUUAUUGCUUUUUUUUUCCUUUUUUUUU